AGCGAGAGCGAGCGAGCGAGCAAGAGAGACAGAGCGAGAGCGAGGGAGCGAGAGAGAGAGACAGAGCGAGAGCGAGGGAGAGAAAGAGAGUGCGUGAGCGCAUGGACGUGGCGCUGACUCAGGAAGCCAAGGCACCAGACAGUCUGAUGGAAAACCCGACUUCCUAAGGUUUUUUCCCUGCCUGUCACUGCCCUCGAGAAUUUAAUCCCUACGAGAGUUUUCAAAAGGUUAAAGAAGUUGAAGACUCAUUGAGAUUAAACUUCAGAGCAUAGUUUGAAGUGCUUCAGUUAACCUCAGAGAACAUGGAAUGUAAGGUUUGCUUCUGUGAUUAUGAUCAGGCUGACAGAAGACCAAGAGUACUGCCAUGUGGUCACUUCUUCUGCUCUGUAUGUGUGACAAGCCUCUUGAAGGAGGGUGCCCUCAAGUGCCCCAUCUGCUGUUCCCAGCACAGCAUUCCUGACAUAAUGCAAAUCCCCAUUGCUUAUGAUUUUGAAGAGUUGCUAUCAAGCAUAAACUUAGCUUCACCAGGGAAAAGAGAAGUGCCAGAACCCCAACAGGAUAUUGCAAGAGACCCAACCAAACUGAGAAUAAUGCAGUUGGCAGUCAGUAGUGGUACUUCAGAUUGUACUCAGAUGCAAACUCAACUCCGUACCUACAACACAACCUUGGAUAACUUGAUAAUAGAACAUGAGGAGCAAAUUAAGAAUCUCACAGAGAUGAUCCAGAGUCACAUGAAUGCACAGCAACUCCUGAAGAAGGAAAAGAGCAGGUUGACUGAUCUUCAAGGACAAGGUGAACAACAGUACCUCAUGUUACGGGAAGCAGCUGAAACUCUUCAUACUAGUGACAAAGGAAUGGAUACAGAUAGGGCCAUCAGCAGUGCUGAACAGUGUCAUGCUGUUACAUUAGAGUGGAUCAAACAGUGCAAUGAUACACUUCCAGAUGUGAAUGUCAUCCAGCAGUCAGCUAAGUUGCUGCAUGCUACCAAAAGGACCAUACAGUUAAUGAACCAAGAAACGGAUGCUGGUGUGCAGGAUGUUGCAGCUUCUGUCAACAGAGUAGUCAAUAGAACACAUAAUGCAACUAUCCUUGAGAAGGUCAAUAACAUCAUAGGCAUAACAGGAGAAACUGUAUCAGUAGAAAGCCUACGAGGACUGUCUGUGCCUGUUAGACUGUUGGUUGAAGCUGGCAAGGUUGCAGCUGUCCUGACCAAGCAUGGCAAGACUCGUCAUGGCAGAAUAACUUUACAUGAUGGAGCCAUCUGUCUCCACCACCUUCAAAAUGUGUGUCCCAGCACAACUCAGCAUCCCCAUACACUUCCAUUUUAUGAUGUCAUAGCUUCUACUGAAACAGCCUCCAGUCUGGUAUUCCUUGAUCUGUCUUGGCCUGGUUCACCCCCCUGCCGUGUCUACAUUAGAAUUAUUAGAGAUACUCCGAUGGCAAAACACUUUGUUCUACUCUGUACAGGAGAACUGGGCCCUUCAUAUACCAACAGCCACUUCUUUGGGGUUGUGUGUAAAGGUUUGCCAGGGGAACGCAUUGUAGGGGGGGAUUAUGAAUACAAUGAUGGCAGUGGAGGAGCUGCUGUUAUACCAGGCCUGACUGGAAGUGGAGAUUAUAACAAACAUUGUUCUGUAGGAGCUGUAGGUGGCUGGGUUUCUGAUGAUUCUCGGGCUGCACAGUUCACAGUCACCACAAAAAAGUCCCUGUUUCCUUACAUUGAUCCGCGUGUGUUUGGAAAGGUGGUAAAAGGGCUGGAGGUAGCUAAGGCAGCAGCAAAGUGUAGGAGUAUUAAAACUGUUAUGGUGGUAGACUGUGGUAUUGUGAUUCCAUGUUGAAUAACCUUUACCAGUGACAUAAGCACACUUCACUCAAACAAUCUCAUAUUCUCACUCACUGUGAAUGAAUGUUUCAGGGAUUGAUUUUAAGUUUAGAAAGAGAUAAGUAGCUUUUUUAAUAGUAAUAAUGAUGGGAGGUAUUAUUGUUGUAGUAGUAGUAGUAGUAGUAGUAGUAGUAGUAGUAGUAGUAGUAGUAGUAGUAGUAGUAGUAGUAGUAGUUGUUGUAAUUUGUAAUAAUAGUAGUUGUUUUGUUAUUGUUUGAAAUAUGUAUACAGUUUAUAUUACUAAACAUUUUCUGAUGAUCUGUUAAAUAUAUAUAUAUGGGGAAUUUGUAUUUAAAGAAUAUAAUAGAUUUAGCAAUUUUCAAAACUGUUGAUGCAGGCCUUGUACACACAGUGCCUAAAUGUGUAAAUAUAUAAACAUUGUUGGUAACAUGUCUAGAAAAUAUGCUUCUAAAUAGGCUACAAACAUGGUGGUAAACUACAAUAUAAUAACAAGAAUCAGUUCCCAAAUGUGCUACAGGCCAGGAAAUGUCCAAGCCAGUGUCUUGAAAUAUGUUUAUUAGAUCAGAGGUCUAAACAAGAUAUGCCAAACAUGUCCAUAGCAAUGUUUUGAACAGGUUUCAAUGCAAGAUUGUGUAUAAUAUUUGCAUGAAAAUUGAAAAUUGGAAAUAUUAAGUGUCAAGUGGAUUUGAAAGAUUCAACUGCUGUGUCAAAAGAUAGUCACACUGGAGUUGCAGCCUACAAGAAUUCAGAAAAUUAUUUCAUUAAAUAUAUAAUUGAUAUA